UUGACAUGUGGGACUGACUAGUUGCGUCACUCGUCUGGAGAACGUUGAUCCUUACGCGUGGCGGUGGAAGUGUAAUGUACAUUGUCGUCGGCUUGUCAAAUAUUGAAGGGAGGGUGUGUUCGUCAUUUACCUGGGCUAACAUUAUUGUUUCUUGAAACUACUUUACUAAAGAAGAGGACAUAGAUACAAUAAAUAAUAAUUUACAGCUGUAUUAACGCUGGCUACUAUUCUGGAGAAAGCAGAGUCCGGAUUAAAGGUAUGCUUGUGAAGGGGGAGUCGUGAACUAGUACUGUUUUUUUUUCUCGUUCGGGAAAACCUAUCCUAUUUCCUGUAUGAUGAUGUUUGGCCUUCAAUUGAAACAGGAUGCUAAGAAGGCUCUGAGUCGGGGCUCCAAGAUGAGUGUGACGUCAUGGUUCCUGGUCAGCAGCUCAGGCACAAGACACCGGUUGCCACCGGAGAUGAUCUUUGUGGGCCGGGAGGAGUGCGAACUCAUGCUGCAGUCGCGCAGUGUGGACAAGCAGCAUGCUGUCGUCAACUACGACCCAGCCACAGACGAACACAUGGUGAAGGACCUGGGCAGCCUGAACGGGACUUUUGUGAAUGAUCUGAGAAUCCCAGACCAGACUUACAUCACCCUGAAGCUCGCUGAUGUCAUCCGCUUUGGAUAUGAUUCUCAUGUGUACAUCCUGGAGAGGAGUCAACACAAGGUGCCAGAGGAGGCUCUCAAACAUGAGAAGUACACCAGCCAGCUGCAGAUGAGUAUGAAGGCCCUGGAAGCCAGGAAGAGGGAGAAAGAGAGGCAGCAUGCUGAAGAGAGAACCAGAGACUCAUUUCGCUCCAAACAGGAGAAAGCCGAGGGUAAAGCUGCCCUCGCAGCAGUGGCCAGCGAGGCUCCAGUGUCCAGACCCACUCCUCUGUAUGGGCAGCCGUCGUGGUGGGGGGAGGAUGAUGCUGAACACGGUGAAGGACAGCAGCCAGACGAGGACCCUGCAGAGAAUACUAACGAGAGCUACAGACAGGAGGUCAAUGGCUCCCUGCCAGACAGCCAGGCCAGGCCCAUCUACUCGCACCACAGGGAGCCCAGCUACUUUGAGAUCCCCACCAAGGAGUUCCAGCAGCGGGAGCUCCAGGAGGUUCCCACUAAGGACACUGACCCCCCUGCUGUCCCUGUUCUCCCCCCAGCCCCCACCCCCACACCCCCUGUGGUGCAGAGCCACGCCUCCUUCACCAUCGAGUUUGAUGAAUGCAUGCCGGGUAAAAUCAAGAUCAAAGACCAUGUGACCAAGUUCUCCUUCCGCCAGCAACGCAAGCUCCUGAGUAAGGAGGCGGUCACCGCACCCACGGAGGUGAUGUCAGCAGAGAGCAAGGUGGCUGAUUGGCUGGACCAAAGCGAUGUGCGCUUGAUGCAGAGGUGGUCUCGGACAGAGGACAUUUUCAGCACCAACAGUGACCUGCCCAUCUACAACAAGGCUUCUACAGGCCAUCACCAUGAGGAUGGGACUCGGGGCAACUCUGAGGAUUCUGUUGUGAACGGGAAGCAGAUUAUCCAGUCAAAGCCCCCUAGACCCUUCACACCCCCUGACUCAGAGGACCUUCUGUCCAGCUCCCCUCCAGAGACUCACUCCCCUCCUCAGAGCCAGGGCAAAGAAGACCCCCAGCAGGCCUUCGUCAUCGAGUUCUUUGAUGACAAUCCACGCAAGAAGCGUUCACAGACCUUCACCAACAACACAGUCCAGCCCGACAGCCCGGCCCUUAGGAACAAGCUGGAGAAGAAGUUGAGCCCCAGCUCCCCCACCCAGCAGUAUACCAUACCCCUGAAGGGCCCGGGCUCUGGAGGCCCCCAGAGGGCCGGCUCCCUGAGGCGGGAGAAGACAGAGGAUCGGAUCAAUACUAGCUUCUCUUCCCAAUCCUCCUCCAUACAGCCCAGGCCCUUUAGAAGUGUGGGCCGGAGGUCUAAACUGGCCCAGGACUUCACUGCUGAGUUCCUGAGGGAGUCCAGACGGGAGACUAGACCGAGCAUGAACACAACCUGGGAGAGGAAGACUUCACCUGUGUCUCCUACCAUCAGCCCACCACCAACAGAAAUGGCAGCAGUGCCCAACUCCCACCAUACCCAACCAAGCCCCCCUCAGCCCCCUGUCACAUAUCUGACUCAGACCUCCACCGUCAACCAGCCUGUGUCCCUGAAAGCCCCUCUAAUAUCCCUGGUCAACCACACCCUGGAGGCCGCACGGAGCCUGGAGGCCGCACGGAGCCUGGAGGCCGCACGGAGCCUGGAGGCCGCACGGAGCCUGGAGGCCGCACGGAGCCUGGAGGCCGCACGGAGCCUGGAGGCCGCACAGAGCCUGGAGGCCGCACGGACCCAUGAGGUUAGAAGCCCCAGAAACUUGGGGAAUGAGGAGGACGAUGCCUUGAGUGAAGCAGGCACCUACACCAUCGAGACAGAGGUCCAGGAUGAAGAGGUGGUGGAGGCACGCAGCAAGAUAGACCAGGUGUUUGGGGUUGUUGAGGGGCCAGAGCAGCCCAGCCACGCUGCAGCAGCAGCAUAUAAGCCUGUUAAGGCUCAGGACAGGGAGGAGCGUAGGGAGAGUAGCUCUGUGGAUCUAAGGCCAGCUCCAGGGCAGGGACAGAAUCAGCUGCAGGUGUCUGGUGGUUCUAAGUGGGUGUCUCGCUGGGCCAGCCUGGCAGACAGCUACACAGACUCUGGCCCCUCCUCAGGCCUCUUCGACAUCCCCUCACAGAUUGAGCUGUCAGGAGGAGUUGGUGGGAGGACCGGCUAUCAGGCGAUGCUCAGUCGCAACGUCAAAAGUGUGGAAUCAGAAGGCCAGAGUUCCAGAACACGGCGGAUUCUGCCUCAGGCACCGUUAGUGGAGAAGAAUGAGACUCCAACUCCCAGCAUUCUUGUCCAUCAGGACACUUACUCUACCUAUGAUGUCAGAGAGAAGAGCUCCAGAGCCCUCUGUCCACAGGAGGGACUCCACAACCUGUCUGUACAGGAUGACCUAGACCCAGACAGCCUGAGUGAUGCCAGUAAGUCAGACGACGGCUCCAUCGUAGAACAGAGGACGACGCCCACACCAGAUAUGACAGACAAGAGUUCAUCUCCGAGCAGAGAAGAGGAGAGGCCCAGACUCACACCCAAGUCUACAUCAUUCUACAUUGACUCUGACGAGCGGGGAUCCAGACCCAAUACGCCCAGGACUGAGAGAAAACUACCACCUCCUCCUAAUACACCACAGUUCUCCACAGCCACCCUGACCAAACAACGGGGUGGACAGGACUCACAGAAGACUGUGAAGCCCAACUCGUCAGCUCCCAAGCUGGACUACCAGGGUAGAGUCAGCCCCCAGCCCAAGGAUAUCUCAGUGUCUCUGGUCAGGCAGGAGAGCUUCACUAAGGACCAGCCAAGUGAUGCUGCACAGGUCACCAGACUCCCCCACAUCUCCAGCCAGCCUGCUCAGAAUGACCCAGACCCUGCUGAGGUGUUCCAAGGUAUCUGCAGCCAGGACACCCACUCCUACCUCAAGGAGACUGAGGACGCUCUGGCUGCCCUGGAGGCCAAGCUCCAGGCCCAGACUGAUGUAGUUCCCUGCCCCAUAGAUGACACACUGUCUGGGGAGUCUGACAUGGACUCAGCCAGCACUGCCAGCCAGCGCAGCAACCAGACUACACCCAAGACCAGAUCUAAGAAGCCCUCUAUCACCUGUGGCCUUCAGAGGGAGAGGUCCUCUGCCAGCUCCUUCACCCAGGAGCCCAGUCGCCAGCCGUCAGCCCAUAAUCGCCUGUCAGAAAAGCAGCGAUCUCAGGGAGAAGAUAGCAGAGAUAGUAAGCCUGAACCAGGCAGGAGGCUAGGGAUGAGACGCAGUGUGAGCAAACAUGGCUCCAUGGACCUUAGCGAUGACCCCCAGGGCUCCAGCUUACCCUACUGGCCUGAUACCAUUUCCUCAGACCAGGAGGGCUACCGGCCCACUGCACGCAAGAAGUACACCACCCCCCUGCAGAAGGAGGAGUCUUCUAAGUCCUCCAAAGUGUCCCAGGCCCUGAGCCGCUCCAACAGCAUGUAUGCCCCAAGGCCUACUAGAGCCUCCAUGCUUCGUCGGGCUCGCCUGGGCGAGGCGUCCGACAACGAGGGCACAGAGACGGACAGGAUCUCCCAGGAGGCCAGUGGGACCACCAAGGCCUCCCAGGACAGUAAGAAGCAGCUCUCCAGGCUGGACAUGCUGGCUCUGCCCCGGAAGAGGACCAGCUCCUUCACCACUCCCAGUGAUACAGAGUCCUCCGCACCCAGGACAGGCUUCUCCAACCGCAGCACAGAGUCCAACAGCGGCUCUGGGCGUAAAGCCUCCGUCGCCAGACCCAGCUCUAAGCCUGUGCUAGGCAGGGCCUCUGGAGCUCCCUGCAAGCCCAUCACCCGCGGCCGCUCCAGCAGUGCCAAAUACACCAGCAGCACAGCCAGCUCCAGACGACGGCAGAAAGGCUCUGACUAUACCUCCACCUCGGAGGAGGAGUAUGACUCUGGUAACCAGAUCACCCCUAAACACAAACGCUCCCAGACCCCCUCAGCCUCCCGCUCCCAGCCCCUCAUCCCCCCGCGCCCCAAAGCCCGCUCAAGAGACUCGGACCAGGAGAGUCACGAGGGAGACGCCUACCAGAACUGGUCCUCCCACAGUGCUGAGAUAGCGAAACUGAGUCAGGACCUGGCUAAAGAUCUGGCCAUCCUGGCCAGGGAGAUCCAUGACGUGGCUGGUGAUACUGAUCCUCAGAGCUCUUCUGGAGUGGAGGCCAACACACCUGCCUCUACCAUGACCAUCCAGGACGAGUUGGUCCAUCCUAUUCCUGAGGCUGGUGUGAACUACCAGAGAGCUCCCCCUGGUUCACCUGCUGCCGGGGACCCCGACCAGACCAUGAUGAAUGAGCAGGAACACAACUCUAAGCACAGAGGAUGGAACCAGGAAGAGGUUGUUGUUGAUGACCUUAUGCUGAAUCCAGUGUCCCAGAUCUCUCUGGCUAUUCGAGAAAACACAGAGCAACUAGCUGAGAAAAUAAAGGUACUAUUCCAUAACAAACAGGACAUUUGGGAGGAGAUUGAAGCAAAGAUCAAUGCUGAAAAUGACAUCCCUGUCCUGAAAGGCUCAAACAAGGAAAUCACAUCUAUUCUCAAAGAGCUCAGAAGAGUUCAGAGACAACUUGAAGUCAUCAACACCAUCAUUGAACCCAGUGGGAACCUUGAGCCAGCCAAAACCUCCACUCCUACCUCCCCCUCCUCAGCCAGUGUAAGGCCAUCCAGGGCCCCUUCGAGAGACUGGAGAUCAUUAGGUUCCCAGCGGGGUGAGGGUGGGGUCUCCUCUUCCAGCUCCAAGUCCAGUGAGAGUGUCAGGAGAUCAGCUAUGGCCUCAGAGGCAGAGAGCUAUGUGGUCUGAGGUUCUGGAACACAGUGCCGCCUCUUCACUGCUGCGCCACAAUCCCAGGUGUUGAGAGAGUGGAUUUGAGAGGGGGAAAUGGGUACUGCUAGAGACAACUGUGGCACCACUGCACGAUGACACUACUGCACUGUGUGUACACUACUAGAGAACUGAAAUGCGUAUUGAACUGCCAUUGUGUGAGAAGGAGAUUGUAGAAGACACACUAAAUUCAUGCAUUGGUUAGUUCAGCUGAGGGAAAACCCCUUUAAGGCAAGGCCAUUAUUGUGCCAUAUACAGUGCAUUUGUAAAGUAUUCAGACCCCUUGACUUUUUCCACAUUUUCUUACCUUCCAGCCUUAUUCUACAAUGUAUUACAUAGUUUUUUCCCCCUCAUAAAUGUACACACAAUACCUCAU